CCCGGGGAUGCAGAUGCUGCGAGAGGUGCGCUCCUUUUGACAGAGAAAAGUAAGCCCACAAAACAAGCCUGUGGAAGGAGGAGGAAAAGCCCAAAAGUUACCCAGCAAGUGUUCAGCAGCAGAGGAGAAAGACGUAAAGAAAGAGGGGAAACAAGAAGAAGGAAAAAAGAAGCAGUAACUUCCAGUUAUGAUGGAGCACUCCAAACAGAGUCAGUACAGUCCAAACGAGAAGGACGCCGGCUCCGGGGACGGCGGCGUGGUGAACGGACACUUUGACACGACGGUGAAGAGGCCCAGCGGCGGCCGGAGCGGGGCUCUCCAGGCUGCGGGCGCGGAGUCCGGCUCCCACCACCCGGCAGCCUCGGUGAUGGAGAGCUGGAGGGAGGAGCGCACCAGGAGCGUGGAGGACAACGAGAUGAGCCUGCCGUCCCUGGCCGCAGCUUACACCACCAUCCUGAGGGGGCUGGGGGAGGACCCGCAGAGGCAGGGGCUCCUCAAAACACCUUGGCGGGCUGCCACCGCCAUGCAGUUCUUCACCAAGGGCUACCAGAUGAAAAUUAUUGACGUCCUGAACGAUGCCAUCUUCGACGAGGACCACGAUGAGAUGGUGAUCGUCAAAGACAUCGACAUGUUCUCUAUGUGUGAGCAUCACCUGGUGCCCAUCUUCGGCAGGGUUCACAUCGGCUACCUCCCAAACAAGAGAGUACUAGGCCUCAGCAAGCUGGCUAGGAUUGUCGAAAUCUACAGCCGUCGGCUACAAGUUCAGGAGAGGCUGACCAAACAAAUCGCCGUGGCAAUCACCGAAGCCCUGCAGCCUGCCGGGGUCGGUGUUGUUAUCGAGGCAACUCACAUGUGUAUGGUGAUGCGUGGUGUUCAGAAGAUGAACAGCAAGACGGUCACCAGCACCAUGUUGGGAGUUUUCAGAGAAGAUCCCAAGACACGCGACGAGUUCCUCACACUGAUCAGGAGCUGAGGAAGCUGCAGCUGCUCUUCCUCCUCCUCCUCUUUGUCUCUUUCUGUCUCUCUCUCUCUCUCUCUCUCUCUCUCUCUCUCUCUCUCUCUCUCCUGUUGCCUGCCUGGGUUGUUACCUCCGUCAUGCGCUGGCCAGCUGCCGUGCAAAACCUGUGUGUUUGUCUGUAGUGUGUUCAUGCUUGUGUGUAUGUAUGUGCACGUUUUUGUUUUUUUCUUCUUCACCUCACUGUAUUGACGCUCCAAAGGCGGCUACAGAGUGUUUGGUGUGUAUUUUCAGCCUCCAUCCAUCGUCGUCCAUCGUUUUCCACAGCUCCUCACUGAGUCGCUUUCACGAUGAGACGCUUUAAGGCCCUUACAGACUCUAUGUUGUUUCCUACGUUGUUGUAGUCACAGACGAAACUUGAAAAAGUCUUUGUUCGUUUGUUCAAAUUGGUCGACAGGCGAUUUGGGUCCACUGCAACAAAAGACAGGCUGCGUCAAACUCCUGACAGCCUCAUAACUUUGUGUCCACAAUUGGACAAUGUCACAGAGUUGCUAUGACUCACGUCCACUAAGGAACCAAUUGGAACGCAGCAUUGGGAUGACGCAGAAUACACACAGCAUCGUGUUGUAGGCAGAAUUUAAGGGAAAGUCAGAGUUCAAGGGGUUAAAAAAAUCACUUGUUUAUGUUUUGUGGUUUAUUUUUUGCAGCCGCUAACAGCGUGGCCUGACUGCAGAGGUCUGCCUCUUGUUUUAUCUGCUGUAUCUGCAGCCGGAUCAAUCAGGCCUACAGCGAACUUGACAUUGUGCAGUCCGACACACAUUGCAAUCAAGAGUUUGUACCGUGCGACAUGCAAUGAUCUUGUGAGGUUGUUGUCGUCGCACAGUUUGCCGAAGCGGUGCGUGCUCUACUUCAGGAGUGAUUUUUGUGUUUUAUGGCAGGCCAUUCGACUCACAGCUUUGUUGAUUUUAGAGGAUGGGAUGGACUUUAUCCUGUGUCAGCCCGUGUUCUUGUGUGCUUUUUAAAUCAAACAUUAAUCAGAUUCAUUAACUUGAAAAAGCACUCAGAUCUCUUCAAGGAAAAAUCCACCAUGAAACACUGUAACCCUUUUAAAAACAGCAGUUGCAUUUCUGGACUAUUUUUGUUGUUUGAUGGUGUAUUUUUGUUAUUCCCCGACGCAGAGGACAUGACGUUGAGUCCUGAUAACUACAGCUGCUACAAAGGAGGUUUGAUAGCGGAAAGUGUUUCAGUGGUGUAAAAUAUCAGCGCUAAACGUCAGGUUUUGGUGUCAGUCCUUCAGAAUUAAAGAGCAAGAGCUUCUUUUCCAUUUUUCACUGACAUUCAACCAUCAUCCAGGGAGAAAUACCAGUUUCUCCAUUAACAGUAGCCUCAGUUGACCAGAAUGCAUUGCAGCUGCAGGACAUGCUGCACUUUGUGUAGACAGGUUGAAGGACGGUGAGUUCGCCAAACAAGUAAUGUAAAACGUUUCGUCACAAAAUAACUCCUGGAAUGAACUGACGGUUACAGACCCAAGUUACUUAACAGAGUGAAAAAAUAUCAGAUUUUUCCUUUAAGUUCCAUCAUCUGAGGAAAUAAAAGACACGUCCUCUGGUAUUUUACUCGUCCAAAAAUGAGUCACAGAGAUACUCAGCUCUGUGGAAAAAAAAAAAAAAAAUGCAAGUGUCCUUUACACUUGGGAUCACAUUCCUCUCUGGAUCAAAUGUGCUCUGUGAAAUGCCUCUGACACACUGUCAAACACACACACACACACACACACACACACACACACACACACACACACACGCAUCAGCUGCAUUACCAGCCAGCCUCUAAUCAAACAAAA